AUGCGGCCGUCUGGGGACACUGGCUUCAUCCCACGAUUUGAGUGGAUGCAGAACGCGGAGAAGGUCUUCAUUUCAUUUUUUGUGAAGUCUCUUCAGCCUGAAGACAUCAACAUCUCCACAUCUUCGCAAAGUAUCACCGUGGAGAUUAGAAAUCCAAGCUCAAGCGAAGAAGCAACAGAUCAAAACAAAAAAUACAUAUUUCAUAUUCAAAAGCUCAGGCACGAAAUCAUUCCAGAGCAAAGCUCUCAUGAAAUAUACAAAACGAAACUCGAAGUUGUAUUGGCAAAGAAGGAAGUGGGACAAGCAUGGGCGGCCCUAGAAGCAGUCAAGGAGCACUGCCCACAGCAGCCGCAGUUGCAGCAGGAGCAGCAGCAGCAGAUGCCGCAGCCAGAAGCUCCAGUGACGCGGGUAUAUCCUUCCUCGAAGAAGAAGGUAGACUGGGACAAAGUUGAGAAGGAAAUAACAGCGGAACUAGAGGCCGAACAGCUAGAGGGGGAACAAGCUCUGCAGAAAUUGUUUAGAGACAUAUACGGCAGAGGAGACGAAGAUACCCGGAGAGCUAUGAUCAAGUCGUUUCAAACAUCAGGGGGCACUGUUCUGUCAACAAAUUGGGCAGAUGUGAAAGAUAAAGAUUACGAGAAGACUCUUGAGGCUCCUGAAGGACAGGAAGUUCGCUCGUGGAAGGAAACGUAA